AACCCAAUUCAGUUAGCGUUUAAUUUCUUGCAUCCCGCAAAAAAUAAAACACUAAUGAAAAUGCGGCUUUUCCGAGCUUAGUUUUCCUCGCGUCGGGAAAGGGGCACGCCAACGCCACCUCUGGCUCGGAAAAACCAGCACGCAUGCCCGUGGACCCGGAUCGUUUUCCACGUUUAUAGUGAAAUCUUCACGGGCGUCAACACAUGGAAAUCGUUUGUGGAAAAUCGCUCCUCAACAAGGAUUAGAAGAGCCUCGACGGGGGAGAAAUGCCCGUUUCUACGAUGGAAAAUUCCGUGGAUGCAACGACACAAACGGGAACAGCAAGGUGACCCAAUUACUAAAAGAUGUCCUUCGAAGCUGACAAGCAAUUCUUAUGUCCCCGACUGAUAGACUAUCUGGCUAUCGUUGGGGUGCGAUCAAGCAAUAAUGCUACCAAAUUAAGCUCAAGUACCUCGAUCCAGGCUCCAGAACUUCUACGUCGUUACCCUGUUCAAGACCACAAGGAUUUUCCAAUGCCACUAGACAUGGUAUACUUCUGUCAGCCAGAGGGCUGUUCUUCGGUUGGACCAAAGCGGACAGCUCAAAGGGAUGCAACAUCUUUCGUUUUCACCCUAACGGAUAAAGACUGCGGAAAAACGCGCUACGGUAUCUGCGUCAAUUUUUAUAGACCCAUAGAGAAACUAUCUGCGGGUCUAUCUGCCGCUGGGAGACGGGCAAGCACCAGCAUCAGGAGGAAUUCCUGGAGGAAGAGCAUGGAGAAGAGUUCCGAUUCGGCUUUUUCAAGUGAUUACAGAAGCAGUAACAUAGGACCAAGUGACUCAGAAAAGGACACAAGUAGGAGAGACUCGGAAUCUUUAACACCAAACCUAACAACUCCAAGAUUAGGUGUGACAGCUCCAUCGAAUGACUCUGAGAGUGGGGGAAGUCACUCUCCUUCACCUAGAGCAAGCAGAAAAAGGAAUAAGAUCAAGAACCAUUCCCUGACUUCACUUUGUCUUCUAUCCCACCAUCCCUUUUUCACAUCCUUCAGAGAAUGUCUGCACAUUUUAAGGAAGCUCAUAGACGCUUGCAAUGAAUCCUCGAAUCCCAGAAGGGUUGGAGGCUCUAAACAAAAUCCGAGGGAAAGUGUCUGGAGUGUUUUAACCGGUCAAGCAGGUGAAGGUGCAUCUUCUAUAGUACUUCACGAUGUCAGAGAAAUAGAGACAUGGAUACUGAGGCUGCUAUCGGCACCAGUACCAAUACCAGGAAAAACGAAAGUGGAAGUUGAAGUACUAUCACCAAGUGUAUACAACCCUCUACUGUUUGCCUUACCAAGUCAUACUCGAUUUAGCCUUGUGGAUUUUCCUCUACAUUUGCCUUUAGAAUUAUUAGGUGUCGAAACGUGUUUGAAAGUUCUUACGAUCAUAUUGUUGGAGAACAAGAUAAUUUUUCAAAGCAGAGACUAUAAUGCUCUCUCAAUGUCUGUGAUGGCUUUUGUUACAAUGCUAUAUCCUUUAGAGUACAUGUUUCCGGUGAUACCUUUACUACCAACAUGUAUGAAUUGUGCAGAACAGCUCUUAUUGGCGCCAACUCCUUAUGUCAUUGGUCUUCCAGCGAGUUUUCUGAUGUUCAAAAAGAAUUUUAGACUUCCCGAUGACGUUUACCUGAUCGAUUUGGAUUCUAACAAGCUUUUGGCACCUCAGGAAAUUCCGCCACUACCAGAACCUGAGGGAACAAUACUCAAGAACCAUUUGAAACAGGCUAUGCAACUGAUGGAUCAUGUUGGUGUUGGAGCUAUCUCUGGUCUUUCAACCCCAAGCAAUCCUACGAUGCAGCUGCAGCCUUCAAGAAGGGACAGUGUAUCAAAUACUUUGAGUAUAUCGAAGCAAAAAUCUCCUGAGCCUACACCGCUGCAUUCGCCACAUCAAAGCUCAUCACCCAGACUCUCUAUAACUCCACAAUCGACACAAAGUCUGAGUCCUCAGAAGUCAAGCGUAUCACCCUCAUCCCCAGGAGGAUCAAAUACUUUCAUUUAUGGAAAUGACAUCGAUUCUGUUGAUGUUGCAACCAGGGUUGCUAUGGUACGCUUCUUCAACUCUCAAAACAUCCUAGCGAAUUUCACAGAGCAUACUAGGACCCUUCGUCUAUAUCCUCGACCAGUGGUGGCCUUCCAAAUUAACAGUUUUUUGAGGUCGCGUCCGAGAGCAUCACAGUUCCUCAAUAGAUUCGCAAGAACCCAAGCCGUCGAAUUUCUGGCAGAAUGGUCGUUGACUCCAACCAACGUGGCGUUUCAGAGGGUACAGACGGGUGUACUGGACCCUUCCCAGAUAGGUGAUAAAUCUAAAUGGUUCCUACAUUCUCUAGAUCCCAUCAAAUUCAAAGUAUGGGACGAUGGAAGCUCCCUCAAUGGUGCCCUAAGGUUACUUCAAAACCCUGAAAAUCAACCGACUGACGAGAGUGGUUCUGAUUCUGAAGGAGUAGAAAGCACCAGUUCCAGUUACUCCUCGCUCAGCGAUUUUGUUUCUGAAAUGGCUUCAUCUGAUUUAUCUCCUGGCGCAGCUUCCUAUCAAGACAGAAGAAAAUCUUCCCAGAACAUGUGUAUGUCCUCGAACGUAGACAUAGAAUCCGUUUACCAUCCACCGGACAGUCUUCUUUAUCCAGACGGAAAUCUACCCCUUAAAUUGGACUCCCCUAGCAGAUCUAGCUCGAGCAGCGAGUCUGAUCUUAGCUCCCCUUCAUUCAACAGAGAUUCCGAAUUCGAAUUUGGAAAACAGAAAGAAAUUCAGAGUAAAGGGAAGGCUGACGAGGAGAACGGAAGUAUGGAGAACGAGUCUGAUUCCAAUUCCACUACAACACCAAAGACAAUAGUAAGUUCCAACACUAUCAAACCAGAAUCUUCGAAUGAUUCCUUGGACAGAUCUGCUACGACGAGAAAUCGUAGAUCUAUAACACCUGUACCCCCUAUAGCACCCUAUUUGCAAAAACAACCGAGUGUAGGUAAUGUCUUAGCGAGAACGUCCAGUUUUGGUUCAUCUGGUAAUUCUUCCAUAUCUAGUGGGGGGACUCCAACUCUGGUCCAGAGGCAGAGCUCCCAAGGAUCCAUAUUUGAACAAUUCGCUUCCCAAGCUAAAGAACUAGUAAAAGAAACGACGCGACAAAGUAGUCAAGACGGCUUAUUAGCUCAUAUGGACAAGUUCAAACAUCAGGCGAAAGAGAAAUUUUCUGAAGCAGAAGAGAGCCACAUUUUCGCCCCGUUCGAUAAAUUGACCCACCAUGCGAAGAAAGCUGCUGAAGAAGCUUCCAAAAGCGUACAGGAAGCUGGAAAAUCCGCUAUAUCAGCAAGUAAAACAGCUACUGCUGUGAGCAAAAACACCUUCGAAGAUCUGACUUACGUGGGUAAAUCUACACUUGGUGAUUUAACGAAAAGUGCAAAAGAAGUGGCCAAAAAGGGACUUAUGAGAGGCGAUUCCUUCAAUAAAUCAAUAGAAGAAAGGCGAGAUUCUACCAGCAGUUCAUCAUCAGCUGUAGCUACUUCAAACGUAUUGACUGGUGCAGGAAGGGAUUUCUUCUCAAAUAUAAGCUCGGACAUAAACGGAAUUGCAGCAAGUACAACCAAUAUGUUUUCUGAUCUCUUUGGUAGUAAGAAAGAAAAAGGCAAACAACAGGAAGCUCAAGCUCAACAAAAACGGAAGGAUUCUAAGGUGGGAAUGUUUGGGCCUUUCCCAACUGGCCCUAAAGGGUUUGUUGAGAAGAGCCCAUUGAUUAAGCAUUCCAUGCGAACUAAGGAAGAAGUUCAACGUAAACAGACUGUUGAGAGGACAACGACCAACAGUGAAAACCAAGCAUUUUUGAAGGAUGUCGUUACCCAAGUUCUUGACGGAGAAGGAGUUGGUUGGCUUAAGUUGAACAGGUUGAAGAAACUCAUGGAAGAUGAAUCCUACAGAAACUUUGUGCUUAGCAAAAUUAAUAAGACGUUGGAUAGAAAAAUUGCUCCUGAUGAUCAUAUAGACGAUGUUUGUGUUCCAAAACCUGUAUGGAAAGGAAUGGCAAAAAUUGUGCUGGCUAUAGUUCAUGGACUGGAGGUAACUUAUGAAAAUUAUGGUUUAGGUGGAAUGGCCUCAGUUUUUCAACUUCAUGAAGUCGCUCACACCCACUACUGGAGCAGGGAUAUGACUGAUUAUAGCACAAGUGGUGAUUUUACACAGAGUUCCAGUCCAAGAUCUCCCCAAAGUCCACGAUCUUCACUACAACUUGAUUGGGAUAAUUCGAGGAAAUCGUCUACUGAAACUCCAGAGGUCCGACUCACCAGUGAUGAGUCUGAAGAAUCCCAACAAUCAACGACGGAUAUGUUCAAAGAUAUGAUAACCCAGAAGAAGAAUUUGCUGUUCAGCAAACUCACCUCCUUCGAUUCAGAUGCUGAAGGUGGAAUGCAUGGUUCUGGGGGUACAGUAUCUCCCUCAGGUGGUUCAAUCACCACAGGACCAGCGUGUGGUUUGAACAGAGGUGGUCUUCAGUCGUCUUAUCGCUCAACAGUUUCAGACACAGAGGUCGAAAACCUUCAGUUCCCCAAAACUAACAAAACGAGGACAUCCAGUGUAUGGUCGAGCAAGUCGUCUUUGAGUACCGGCUUUAGAUAUCACGGUGGACAUAUCGUGAACACUGUAACAUCACCAUCUCCGGAAACAGCCAGGACUUACCUUUUCGAAGUUUUAGUCGGUAAAGACAGAUCUAACUUGUGGAAUCAGAUGCAAUUCUGGGAAGACGCCUUUCUUGAUGCAGUUUCACAAGAGAGGGACAUGGUCGGGAUGGAUCAAGGUCCAAGGGAAAUGAUGGAGAGAUACAAAGGUCUGAGUGAAACCGAGAGGAAAAGACUGGAAUUCGAAGAGGACAAACUGCUUGCCACGAUGUUAUACAAUUUGACGGCCAUUUUGGUGAUGUUGAAUUGUAACAAGAUGGAAAUCAAGAGGAAGGUAAGGAGGCUGCUUGGGAAAAGUCACAUCGGACAAGCUCACAGUAAGGAAGUCAACAUGUUGUUGGACCAAAUAAAUAAAUUGAAUGGAAACGAUAUCGACUUGAAACCUCUGGGAUCAAGAUUGUUGCAUAGGCAGAGCUUCACUGUUCACCAAGGUGUUGAUGGUGGAGGUGAAUUGAGAUUCUUAGAGGUUAGAGAUGAUGGUUUAGUUUUGAGAUCGGUGACUGGCAUCAUCAUAGAGAGGUGGUGGUUCGAGAGACUUGUCAAUAUGACGUACAGUCCGAAGAAUAAAGUGCUCUGUCUUUGGAGGAGAAAUGGUCAACAGACGCAAUUGCAUAAAUAUUACACGAAGAAGUGCAAACAAUUGUAUUAUUGCAUCAAGGAGGCCAUGGAGAGGGGUGGGGUGGCAGGAACUGCUCCAGAAUUAGGUGGUGAAUUCCCUGUACAAGAUAUGGUAACAGGGGAAGGAGGAUUGCUCCAAGUUUGCUUGGAAGGUGUUGGUUUACUCUUUGAAACUAGCAAGGACUUUGAGUUUUUCAUAAGGAUUGACCAUAUAAGGAAAUGUUUCACUCAGAAAGGCACUAUAUUCGUUAUAGAAGAAUACAAUCCGAAAACUAGGCAAGUUACUCAGAGAAGGUACAAGUCAUCAAUGGCUGACCAGAUUUGCUACUCGGUGCUCUGCGUUUUUUCCUACUUGGCAGCUGGCGCGGAAAAGUUCUCGUCCAUACAAAAAAUACCCGCUUCUACACCUCAACCAUCUCCGAUGUUCGUUCCAACAAUGCUGAGUAGCUGCAUGGCUCCGGUUUCUCCUCAAGAUGAACCAGAAAGUCAGAUACCUUAUGAACCAGCAGUUAGGAAGACGUCAAAUGGAUUGCAAAGCGAGAAAACAAAAGAACAAACAGUAGGGGAUACGGGUAAACUUUCAACCCCUAUCCAAACGCAAACAGGCUCGGUUACACCAACCGGAGGUCCUCCUUCGUAUCCACCACCGGCUCUACCACCCGGAGUUCAACCACCAGCACCUCCUCCAGGAAAUAUAAAACCUUUGAGUGGAGCUCCCCAGGUGCCUCCUGGGAGACCAGGCAGACCUCCUCCCAUACCCCAUCGUUCUUCCCUGACUAGACAGCCAUCCACACCACCACCUCCACCAAGACCCAAGUGACGUAGCAGGGGAUUGUCUUUACCAAUGAUUUAUGGAGACGAUGUUUUUUGUGUGGUGCCAUCUUGUCUUCCAUGGGCGUGAAUCGAGUAACUCACACGUUUCUGCAUCUUCAUUUUUGGAAAAGGAGUUAAUCAUAAUAUUAUCUGGGAAUUGCAUCACUCAAUUCAAGUUUUGGUUCAGAAGAGAUUGUAAUGAAAAGUAACAUUACAAUAAACCUUUUACGUAGGAAAAGAAAUAAUUUGUAUCUCGCGCAGAAUAUGACACUCGAUGGUCCAUGACCUCCUAACGUCACUUAUCGACUUUAUGACAAGAUUUUUUUGUACAGGUUGAUUCAUCAGUUUUAGUUGCUUAGUUUUACUACAGUAUGUUAUUUUUAUUGUAAAAAUUGAAGCAUCAGUAGUCCUUUUAUUUUCAAAAUGAAAAGGAUUUGUUGGAGUCUGAGCAAAAUUUAGGGAUAUAUUCCAUAGGUGCAUAUCGAAAAAAAAUUGAAAUAUAACACUGUUGACAAUAUGAAAUAUAUUGAGGAUAUUGUGCAGGUUGGAGACUUAAAUAAUUGUGAUAGGUAGGCGAAGAUUUCAUCCACUAAAAUGAGAAAAUUGGUACCCUCCCAAAUUUUUGUAUUAUGUGCUGGGGUUAUCAAUGAUGCAAUUGAAUAUAGGAGAAUUCGCGGUUUAUUUUUCCCAUCUAUAUCAACUAGAUGAUUUACUAGGUAGUUAUUUAUGGAUUCAUAUCGAAAUAAAAUAAUUUCUUCUGUUUGAAGAGUUAGGAAAUGUAUUGAUAGUAUUUAAGAAGCUUUUAUGGACUGUUGAACUAUGGAUUUUCGACCCUUCACUUUGUGUUAAUCUCUAAUCAUUAUUUUUGUUUUGGUGAUAUUUUUCGGAAAGAGAUCGUGCCUAUAACUUUGCGUGCACUUGUACAGUUUGAUAUAAAAGCUCGUAUCCUGGGAAAUAUCUUAAAUUAACACCAUGUCGAUAUCUGACAUUGUUUUAUUAAAAUUUUUAAUUGAACUUAAAAUAAAUACGAGCAUCUAUAUUUGUCUCUCGUUUAUAUAGAAGAAUAUUAUGGCGAAAUUUCUUUGUGCAAGCAAUAUUGAUGGCGUAUUUUACAAAUUUGAAUUACGUAUUAGAGAAUGGCUGAUAUGUGACUAUUUUUAUGUAAAUUUGAAGUAAUAUAUUAUGAACUGCA